AGAUGUUAUCAGUAUAAUCCACUUAAGAUAGCGGAUAUCAGAAAUUUUAAGUCGACCAAAUUAAUAAGACAAGACAAUUUUUGCACAAUCAAAUAAGAUAUGUUUCUUGUGAUAAUCCUACUUACCUGUUCAUCGGUUGUGCAAGGUGAGGAUGCCUGUUCAACCAAAUUAUGUCUCUGUGGAUACAACACGGCAUAUUGUUCACAUCGGAAUCUUACCUACAUUCCUAUAUUUCCAAAACGGAUAACAAGACUGGUUUAUAAAUAUAAUAAGUUGCAUUCUCUAAAUGCAACCACAUUUUUAAAUAUCAGUAAAAUAGGAUAUUUGUCAUUGAGACGUAACCAUAUUCGUCAUAUUGAUCAAAAUGUAUGGCAAAAUCUUUCACAGGUCUAUGUACUGGAUUUAUCCUAUAAUAAACUGACUACAAGUUCAUUGCGUAACUUAUUCAAGGGUGUGCCGAGAAAUAGCAACCUGUCUCGUGUAUUUUUGAAGGGUAAUCAAUUAGAAACCAUUCCGUAUGAUCUUUUAAAGGAUUUUAAAUUGGCGAGGUUAGCCGAACUCGAUAUUUCACAUAAUAAUAUUCGCCAUGUUAAUCUAUCAACGGUUCAACCGGUGCAAGAAUUAAGUCUCACGUACAAUAGAAUCUCAACUAUUAUGAUUGGUAUUAGCCCGAACCUCAGAGUUCUUUUACUAAGUAAAAACAACUUUCGAGAUUUACCCAAUUUUUGUGAAAAUAAAACGUUUUUGUCCAAUUUGAAUACUUUGAUAAUACAUAACAAUGAAAUCAGUUCGUUUUUUCCCGAUUAUUUGAACUGUAUAAAGAAUCUGCUAUAUUUAGAUCUGACGCUUAACUCUAUAGAAAUUCUUGAAACGGACAGCUUCCACUCAUUCAAGUCUCUACACUGGCUGUCUGUGGAACAACAGAGGAGUCCAAGCCCAUUAAGUAUACAAAGGCGAGCCUUCAACAAUACAAACCUGCGUGUACUUUACCUGGCUAAGAAUUUGUUAACUGAUAGUCGAUUGGAUAAAGAUGCAUUUGCUGGAUGUAGUCAGCUAAAAAAGGUGGAACUAUCCGCCAAUCCUUUCAACUUAUAUAACAUGGAAAAGUUAAAUGACGCACUCGCCCCUUUAACGUCCCUUCAAGAAUUAAUGCUACACCAAUGUCGCUUGUCGACAAUUCCUAAUGUUAUAGGACAAAAGCUUCACAAAUUAAGACUUUUAGAUAUCGGCUUCAAUGCAAUCACGUCCUGGCCUGAUAAUUUCUUUGAACAAAAUUACGAUUUGCGAGAAAUAGAUUUGAAGAAAAACUCACUUCAAAAGAUUACACCGAAAAUGUUUCCCAAACCAUUUAGAGAAAGGCUGAAAAACAUAACAUUAAACGACAACCCGUUCGCAUGUAAUUGUGAAUUAGUUUGGUUUAUCGAAUGGAUUCAUCGAGAGACACACAUAUUCAAUGAAUACCCGUACGGUUACAAGUGUCUUAAUAUCACAGAAAGAAUAUGUUUGAACAAUACAGGAGUGUUUAUCUCUGUGACAACAGUAACGUGUUUCUUUAUCUUUGUUAUUUUCAUCAUGUCCGUUAUCUACAAAUAUAUCUGGCAUAUUAAAUAUCAUAUUUAUAUGUGGAGAUACAGACCCAGAGAGUUAUUGGAUAUUGCAGAGAAACAUUUUGUUUAUGACGUGUUUGUUGCGUACUGUGUAGAAGAUAGUGUCUGGGUUAGAGAUAAUCUUGUACCUAUCUUGGAAGAGGGUGAAAAUAUUAAACUGUGUAUCCACCAAAGAGAUUUUCAAGGUGGGAGACUUAUCAUGGAUAAUAUUGUACAGCAUAUGGAGAACAGUCGUAAAAUUCUUGUUGUUUUGUCCAAUGAUUUUGCUAGAAGUAAAUGGUGUCAGUUUGAAAUGAGUUUAGCCCAGAAAUUAGUUAUAGAUAUGAGUAUAGAGUCAAUAGUAGUCGUAUUACUAGAGAAUAUAGCAACAGUUAAUAUGAGCGAAUCCUUGAACGCUUUAUUGAAAUCCACUACUUACAUCGCAUGGGAUGACGAUGAAGGUUUAUUUUGGGAACAAAUUAAACGAACACUUAAAAAUUCAGACUGAGCUUAUCGUCAUUAACAGCUCUUGUGCCUACUUUUUCUUGAGUAGCUUAUUAUUGCAUGAGUUUACAAUACUAACUCAUAUUUGUUAAAAGUUAACCAUUCAAACGUUUGGUUUGAUUAAACUAAACGGCUUAUUAUAGUAAUGCAUAUUUUAUGUGGGUCAACGUAAAAACUAAAGGUCAACUUUAGUUUGUUCUUUUGC